AUGAAGCUCGUGACUGCCUCCUCCCUCUGCGCCAUCUUGGCUGCUGGAGUGCACGCCCAACGCGGUGCCUCGCUCGAUCCUAUCCAGCCCGUCUUACUUCCAGAUGGUGCCAACGCAAAGAACCCGCUGUCGCACCUGGGUGGCAACGGACCAUGGACUGUCGCCCCUAACGUCAAUGGUAUCUCCUCUGACGUCCCCGAGAACUGUCACGUCGACCAGGCCGCCUACAUCCUACGCCACGGUUCGCGAUACCCUGAUCCUGGAGCUCACAGUGGCUGGGUGAGCCUGGCCAACCAGCUCAAGACGCAGAACUACACGGCAACUGGCCCUCUCGCCUUCUUCCACGACUGGGACACGCCUCUGACCCACCCAGACAUUCAAAUUGCCCAGCUCAGCCAGACGGGCUACAAGGAACUCUACUCGCUCGGAUACACCCUGCGUACUCGUUACCCGGAUCUGUAUGAGGAGGGAGACGACUUUUAUGUCUGGGCCAACAAGUACCCUCGCGUCAUCCAGACCGCCCAGCUCUUUGUCCGUGGUUUCUUGGGUUCCAACUCGACGCUCUUGGGGAAUGUUGUGUCGGUCAACGGCAAAGGCUUCCCCGACCAACUUGCAAACACCCUUGCGCCCAGCGACAUGUGCCCUACUUUCGUUGACGACUACUCGUCCAAGUCGGACCCGUGGAGGAGCAUUUGGUUGCCCCGCUUCAAGGCCCGGCUCGCACAGUACAUCGAGGGUGAUCUGCAGAUCGAUGACAGCGCAUGGAACGACAUCCCAUACAUCUGUGGUUUUGAGUCGCAGAUCACGGGCCGCCUGUCGCCCUUCUGCGAUAUUUUCAACGACGAUGAGCUGGCCCAGUACGAGUACCAGCAGGACCUGCGGUACUACUACGGCCAUGGACCUGGCGCCUAUGUUGCUAGCCGCAUGAUGGUCCCGUACCUCAACGCCCUGGUCGACAGGUUCGUCGAGGGACCCUCGGCUGGCGUCGGCGUCGGUCCUGACGGGAGCUCGACCUUCAAGGUCCCGAAGCUGCUGAUGAACUUCCUCAACGACGGGCAGCUGAACCAGCUGGCCUCAGCCCUGGGUGUCUUUGACGAGCAGGAGCCGCUGCCAUCAGACCACAUCCCCGAGGAUCGCCUGUGGAGGAGCUCGCGCAUCUCGCCUAUGCGUGGAACCAUUGCCCUGGAGAGGCUCAACUGCCGGGUUACCGGGAGUGGCAGCGGCAACAGCACUUCACCUUGCAAAGCCAAGAAGCGCGACGCCGCAUCAACCAUGCAGAGGCGACAGGAUGCUGUCGUGGGCGGCUCGUCCAGGAAUGAAACCUAUGUCCGCAUUCGCAUCAACGAGGCAGUCUACCCCGUCCCCUCCUGCCAGGACGGACCGGGCAAGUCGUGCCGUCUGGCAGAUUACGCCAAGUACGUUUCGGAUAAGCUCGAGGCCAUCGGAAGCUUUGCCAAGUUGUGCAACGCCACAGCCGCUGGUACGCCGGAUGAGGUUAAGGGUGCAAGCUUUUUGACCAACUUGGACCAGGACCACUUGGAGAUGUUGAAGCCUUGA